AUGUUUUUAUUCACAGCUAAUUUCUUUUCGGAAUUUUGGUAUGCCAAGUGUUUCGUCACUAAAAAGAUCUUCGAUGAUCACUACCAUUUUGUGCAUCACAAGGUCUCCAAGCGUUCGCUGAUGCCCUCGCAGCCGCAUCAGUCGCGCCUGGACGAUGACCAUCGAGUGCAUUGGGCCAAGCAGCAGCAGGCCAAGUCGCGUCAGAAACGCGACUACAUACGCAUGCGGCCGUCGCGAACGUCGUCGCGCGCUCUCUCACAGGUGGAUACAGUUCCUUUAAACGAUCCAAAAUGGCCGCAAAUGUGGUAUUUGAAUCGCGGUGGCGGCUUAGAUAUGAAUGUGGUGCCUGCUUGGCAAGCUGGUAUUACCGGCAAGGGCAUUGUGGUGACCAUACUAGACGAUGGUCUAGAGUCGGAUCAUCCAGAUAUCGAGCACAACUAUGAUCCUCAAGCGUCCUAUGACGUGAACAGUCACGAUAAUGAUCCAAUGCCACACUACGACAUGACCGAUUCAAAUCGUCAUGGUACGCGUUGCGCUGGUGAAGUGGCCGCCACCGCCAAUAACUCAAUCUGUGCGGUUGGGAUUGCAUUUGGUGCCAGUGUUGGCGGUGUCCGAAUGUUGGAUGGCGAUGUGACGGACGCCGUCGAGGCACGUUCGUUAUCAUUGAAUCCGCAACACAUCGACAUCUAUAGCGCGUCUUGGGGACCCGAUGAUGAUGGUAAAACGGUGGACGGUCCCGGCGAAUUGGCGCAACGUGCCUUCAUUGAGGGCGUCACAAAGGGACGUCAAGGCAAGGGUAGCAUAUUUAUUUGGGCAUCGGGUAAUGGCGGACGAGAAUUUGAUAAUUGUAAUUGUGACGGCUAUACAAACUCCAUUUGGACACUGUCAAUAUCUAGUGCCACCGAAGAGGGUCAUGUACCCUGGUAUUCGGAGAAAUGCAGUUCCACAUUGGCGACCACCUACAGUAGUGGCGGACAGACUGAGAAGCAGGUGGUGACGACAGACUUACAUCACUCGUGCACAGUAUCGCACACGGGUACCUCAGCCUCAGCGCCACUAGCGGCCGGCAUAGCCGCUUUGGUGCUCGAAUCCAAUACCAAUUUGACGUGGCGUGAUCUGCAGCAUAUUGUGGUGCGUACAGCGAAACCGGCAAAUUUACGUGAUCCAACGUGGUCGCGAAAUGGUGUCGGUCGACGUAUUAGCCAUUCGUUUGGCUAUGGUCUAAUGGAUGCGGCAGCUAUGGUGAAAGUAGCACGUACGUGGAAAACGGUGCCGGAGCAGCAACGCUGCGAGAUCAAUGCGCCACAUGUAGACAAAGUCAUUCCGCCCAGAAGUUAUAUCACAUUACAGUUAACCGUGAAACACUGCUCAUCCGUCAAUUAUCUGGAACAUGUUCAGGCGAAAAUCACACUCACAUCACAACGUCGCGGUGACAUUCAAUUGAAUCUGAAGUCACCGGCCGGCACCAAAGUUACUUUAUUAACAUCACGUAUUCACGAUGUAUCUCGUUCUGGCUUUAAUCAGUGGCCCUUCAUGUCCGUCCAUACUUGGGGAGAGUCGCCGCACGGCGAUUGGCAGCUGGAAAUACACAACGAGGGUCGCUAUAUGGGUCACGCCUUACUCCGCGAGUGGUCGCUCAUAUUCUAUGGCACCACAUUGCCCAUCGACCCCAACGACCCCGUGUCAACGCCACGCGCCAAUUCUGCCGAGAACACGACGCCCAACUCGAAUGCGGCGAGUACCACAACGAACCUCCAUCAGAUCUACUCGCCACAAUAUCCGCGCAUCUCGUCCAAUAACGUCGGCAGCAGCGGUGGCAUUAACGGCAAUUCGGCGGCUGCCAUACUCGGCGCCAUCAAUGCCAUGCCGGGUGGGGGUGUGAAAAUUCCCAUUAAAUUGCCAACAACGUCGAACAAAUCCGUUUACACAGCCGCGAAUGGCGCAAAUAAUCCAUUGUUGAAUGUCGCUGGCGGAAGUAGUAAAAAGCAGCAGCAACAACAACAGCAACAGCAACUCUAUAAACAACAACAGCAACUGCAAGCGCCGAGUUAUCAGCAAAUCUCAGCAACGUACGGCGUCAUACUGGGCUCGCAAAGCGGCAAGCCUAGCAAGGGCGGCAAGGGGAAGGGAAAAUCUGGCGAAAAAGGCAAUGGUGGCGGUGGUGGUGGCGGCGGCAAAGGUGGUGGUGGUGGCAACAAAUCAUCGGCCAACAAAAAAGAACAAAGCUCUACGUCGAAUACGAAAAAUAAAUUCUACCGCAUAUCACAACAACAACAACCUGGCGGCAACAGCAAAUCGAACGGUAAAUCCAGUCAGCAAGGAGGCGGACGCGCGAAAGCGCAAUCUGCAGAGCGCUUACAAGGUUUCGACGACAAGAUGAGUCGGAAAGUGAUCGGCGAAAUAACAACCACAACUACCACAACAACAACAGCAAGUACCAGCAAUGCACGCCCAAAUAGCAGCGGCAAAGCAGCCAAAAAAUCCAAUGUCGCAGACAUCGGCUCAGACUUGGCGAACAACGCGGCCAAAACGACCGCUACGCAAAUGACCAGCUACUCGAAGUUACCCGUCAAAGCGACCAAACAGAUCAAGGAGUCGCUGCUGCCCAUGCAAACGCACGAAAAACUAACAGCCGCCACAUUCGCCGAUACGCGCAUCCCAAAACUCUUCGAGCGUUACGAGAAAAUACAGGCAAUCUUUCCGGAAUUUCAGCCAUAUCAGGGACCCAAAGAGAAGGACACCACAGCUGCAGCUGCCGCAGCCGCAAUUGCCGCAGCGAAAGCCGAAAAACGUAAGCAGGCCGCCGCUGCUGCGGCAGCCAUUUCGACGAUGGAUUACGAGGCGGAGACCUUCCGGCCGAUGUUAGGUGCAAUGAACGGCGGCAGCAGCAGUGAAAAUGGCAACAACAAGGGUGCUGGUGGUGGUGGGGGCAACGGCAGUGGCUCAAAACCAUCACGCGAAAAUACUAAAAAGUCAUCGCCAAGCUUUGUGCCUGAUCAGAAGAUAAUAAAGAAGCAACAGUUGCUGCUGGCGGCAGCAGGCGUGAGUGGCGGCACCCAGCGUCCAAUUGGUGGUGUGCUUGGCGUGCUGCCCAAUCGCAAGGAGAGCGGCAGCAGUGACGCACAAAUAACACAAUGGGAUUUGAUUUUCUAUGGCACUGAAACGCCCGCCCAGCCGGAAGACGCUGUCCACAUUAGUGAUGGUCUAUUUGGCAAUGAUAUGGGCCAUAAUGACAUCGAAUAUGAUGCGAACUUGCAAUGGCGAAAUAUGCAGCAGGUUGGCGAAUCCAGUGCAAUGGCAAAUGAUAAAACGAAUACGUCAUGCCUGAAGGCGACGCCCGACCAAAGAUGUUUAGAAUGUGCCACGCCCACAUAUUACUACAAUGGCCAUUGUUAUGAUGAAUGUCCGCCGCACACCUUCGCCCUCGUCAGCGACAGCACCACAGCGCCCGAUUCGCCCACACUCAACGAUAACGCGAUAUCCAAAGUAAUAGACGAUGAUGCGCUGCAAUCGAUAGACCGUCGUCGUGACGCCGUGCACUUGUAUGCCGACACCAGUAGGCCACUGGAACCGAUGCAAUUACGACGCUGUGAGAGGUGUGACAUUAGCUGCCUGCGCUGCUACGGACCGCUUAGCUCACAAUGCAGCACUUGUCCGCCGGGCAGCCAAUUGCGCCAAAUCAAACGUACAAAUGAAACAUUUUGUUACCUCUUUGCCGAACGCAGCUCGGGCAAUAAUCGCAAUGCCUUCUAUCGCACCCAAGUGCAAACGAUCGACAGUGUGGAGCCCAUGCAGGAAUCGAGUAUUGUUUAUCUUAUGCUGAUCGUGGUGCCCACCGUCACAAUUAUCAUCGCUAUCGUGUUGGUUUCUGCAGCGCGUCGUAACAAUUUGCAAUUUCCAUGCUUUGGACGCAACGAAGCCAAUAGGAAUGUUGCCGUACUACCAAAUGUCGGCUAUUCUCGGGUAGCCCUGCUGAAGGACGGCGAUGCUGCUGAAGAAGGGACCAAUGAUGAUGAGGAUGAGGGGGAACUGGGUGCGGUGGCAAUACGCGAAUAUCAUGAUGAUGAGGAAUCGCCGUGCCUGGUGAGUGAAAGUGCCGCUGACGAUGCGACAAACGAAAUUAAUUUGAAGCCGACAAUAAUUGAAGCUGUGGAAUUGAGCGAGUCGGAGGCGGAACUAUUCGAUCCAAGGCAGUACUCUUAGUUAUAGCCUACAUUCGUUGUUGAAGUUAUGGUUGUGUGAGUAGGUGCUAUUUUUAAAGACGGCUGCUAAUUUUUAAUAAAUAUUAAGUAAGCAAUUUUUUUUUAUUUCAAACUUAAAUGCACAUUUGAUGCUCUUAACGUUUGCUAAUAAUAUUUUAAAAUUUCUUAAGUAACAAAAUACGCAUACAAAUGUACAUAAGGGUUGUUUUUUUUUAAACGUGUGAUUUUCAAGAGGAGAUAAAACGCAUAUAAUUUAUUGUUGGGGCCAAGAAUUUAGUGAGGGUCACCACUGACUCGAAUAAAUUCCAGUCGAGAGGCUCAUUUUUCGACCACUUUCUGCAGGGAUUGGAGCUGUAGGGAUCGUGAUUGGUGGCCAUCCUCUAAAGUGCGCCGCACUUGUUGGUCUUUCCGCGAAAUCUUCCACACACGUAGAACAGCUCCUAUUGUUGCGGUCGAUGGCGGAUGAGCUCAUUCAAGUAAUCUGCGAUUCUCCCUCUUUGAGGAUGCGCAUUACCCCCUGGAGCAAAUGUUAUGCAAUAUCGAUCCAUGCUUGCUUCAAUUACCGACUCUGCGUCCCGCGAGCCGAACCAUUAUUUUGUUUAUUCUGGAGUGAAUUGGCAAGCCAAACUGAGUAUUAAUAAAGGAACAAAUGUAAAAAGAGACCGACUCAGAAAAAAAAAUAAAUUCAUUGAAAACACAAGAAAACACCCUUUAUUUUGUACACAUACAUACAUACAGUA